CCAGCGCGUGACAGCCAAGGAAACCCGAGUAAAAACACACUGACCUAACGGCCGGUGCUGCGCGUGCUGCCGUGUCUUGUCUUGUUUCAGGAGAUUAUUUGGGAAGUUCACCUGGCUGUCGCUGAUGGAGACCAGACAACAAGAGUUGUACUCUGGUGUUCUGAGUGAAGCAGUGGUGGACUGGGGCAGCAUGGGUCCUGGAGAGGAAUGGGUUAAUUCAGCCACACACAAGGGAGAGCAGGGUUUGAAUCAGGACAUGUUUUACCCUUCUGGCGAGGAAUCGGUUAAAAGGACAGAAUGGGGUAAAACUUCACCAUCAGUGGACGAUCAGUGGUGUCGGGCAUCAGUGUCGCACUCUGACGACUGGGCCAUGUCCACCACUUGGGAUAUGCAACUGGACAGCACAGAGAGAGGACACCUCACAGCAGGUUUCCUGGACUCUGAGCCAUUGAGAGAGACUGAUGAAGAUAUGGCCUCAGAAGUCAACCUAAACAACUCCAUCAUGACGGAGGAGGAGAGAGAGGAGAUUCAACAAGAGUUAGCUAAACUGGAGGAGGAGAUCAGUACGUUGAAGCAGGUUUUGUCGUCCAAAGAGAAGCAGCACGAAGAGCUCAAACAGAAACUGGGCACGACUUCUCUGUACGAGCUCAGGAACAACCUCAGUAGAGGCUGGCACGACAUGCAGACCUCCACGGCCUAUAAGAAGACAUCCGAGACGCUGUCCACAGCAGGACAGAAAACCUCAGCCGCCUUCAGCACACUGGGCAGUGCCAUCACCAGGAAGUUCGGGGACAUGAGUCAACACAACACAAGUGUGUCCAACUCUAUAGGCUACUCCAUCAGACACUCUAUGAGCAUGCCUACCAUGAGAAACUCUCCCAGCUUCAAGUCUUUUGAGGAGAAAGUCGAGACUACAGUGUCCACCAUCAAGACAAAGGUUGGCGGUACAGGGACCGCAGGCAGCUUUGAGGAAGUCCUCUCCUCCGCAGCAAAUGCCAGCUCUCAGGACACGCCCACUAUCAACUUGACGGACAGCGCCGAGAGGCCGUGUUAGAGCUGCGUCCACACGGUGAGGCGGGACUUAAACCAGGAACUGCUGUGUUGCAGCACUUUGUCACAUAACUUCUCAAUGCUUUGACUAAAAUUUGACAGAAUACCUUUAUUUGAUCACACGUGUUAAGAUGCUUUUGCAAACCAUGUUUGCGAUUAAAUCUCCUAACACUUGCAUGGAAUUUCCUGCAAACCCUAAAUGCCUAGACAUAAUAAAAAAGUUACGUAAUUUCUUGUUUGGCCCAAAUUCACUCAAAAUAUUCUAAAGCGGCAGUUGUUUACCUUUUUUAUUUUGAAAGAUCAAGACAGCUGAUGUCAAAAGCACACCUACCUGGUAGAGGGCUGCUUAACACAGUGAGCCUCUCAGAUUGUUAUUAUUAAAAUGGGUUUAAAGGAAGAAUCUGUCGACAACCUAGAUCAUUUUAUGAAUGUUACCAAGAGAUCAGAGCUUGUUGAUCUUUUUGUUGAAGGACUGUUUUUCAGUGUCAUGGAUUUAACCAAUGAGCCGACAAAUGUCACCUGCCUCUGGUGACCUCCACACCAUGUUAAACCACAGAUGUUGAUCACAUGGAGUUGAAGCUAAGCCUUAGUUAAAAAAAUGAGGACGCACAGAU